AUGGCUAAGGUAUACCCGAAAAGAUCGAUGAUUGAGGGUUGCUCCGAUGAUGAAGUGUACUCUUCGUCAAAGAGAGAGAUCUUCACCGUUUGGAUGAAAUCCCUUGUGAUCAAUGGCAAUGGCUGCACCGUCUUCAACUCCAAAGGCGAUGUAGUGUUUCGUGUCGAUAAUUACCAAACAAAGUCUACCACGGAAACCCUACUCAUGAACUUGCAUGGCCAAGUGCUCUUCUCCAUUAGAAGAAAGAAACUAGUGUUUUUCAAAGGGUGGGAAGGGCGAAAAUGGAAUAACUCAAAGGUUGAUAGGGAGGGGACAUUGUUCAAAGUGAACAAAAAGUGGAAAGUUUUUGCAAGUGAAUUUGUUUCUUGCCAUGCUGAUUUGAGAUGUAAUAACGUUACAUCAAUGUUGAAAAUUUUGGGAUUUCAAAGGAAAUUGAUGUUUAAGAUUAUGGAUUACGAGGGGCGAGUGUUGGCGGAGGUAAUAGGAAAGCAAACAGCAGGUGGAGUUGCAUUGGGCGAUGAUGUGCUAACUUUAGUUGUAGAACCGCAGGUAGAUCAAGCCUUAGUUAUGGCUCUAGUGAUAACGUAUGCUAUGCUUAACAAAAAAUUGUAA